CCCCGAUUGCAUGAAAUGGAACGCAUGUAAUAUUGCAAAUGUCGUCCUGUCAGAAAUAAUAUUUCCUCAAUCUGGCGCAGUUUUUGCUGCAUUUUAUUUGAUAAUCGUGAUUGUUUUAACUUUCUUCCUCAAAUUAAAAAGAUGGAUAAAAGGAAACUGUCUACGGCCGGAGACAGCUUGUACCAGAUACUCCAGGUUCCCAAAACAGCGACACAAGACGACGUUAAAAAAAGCUAUAGGAAAUUAGCGCUAAAGUAUCAUCCUGAUAAAAAUCCCAACAACCCGGAAGCUGCGGACAAAUUCAAAGAAGUAAAUCGUGCUCACACUAUACUAAGCGAUGCCACAAAGAGGAAUAUCUACGACAAUUACGGGUCACUCGGAUUAUACAUCGCUGAACAAUUCGGAGAAGAAAACGUCAACGCCUAUUUCGUCGUGACAAGUACUUGGUGUAAAGCGCUUUUCGUCGUAUGUGGCAUUCUGACCGGGUGCUACUUCUGUUGCUGCCUGUGCUGCUGUUGCAACUGCUGCUGCGGCAAGUGCAAGCCCCGUCCGCCUGAGGAGUCCGGGGACUACCACACUUUGGAGCGUGAUGACUCGGACGGCGUGCAGGCCGUGACAGUGCAGCCGGGCGGCGAGGGCCGGCCCAAGGGGGAGCAGGCGCCGCCGAUCGCCAUGCCGAUGCCGCCGCCGGCGUACGCGCCCAGCGCCUCCGAGAACACAGGCCUCAACACAGAUGCGCCAGUCACCCGCUAUUAGAAUUUAGUUGGUUACCUCUCAGGCACCUUACUUCGGAACAAAACUGAACGUGAAAGAGUUGUUGACCUGUCUCUAUUACAUGUAAAUAAAUUAUUAAUAUUUGGCACUUUUAAAUUUAAAGACACUGUUCAUAUUAGCUGUACACCAUGCUUUGAAACUGAAGGCCUAGUUUAUGUGUUAAUUUUAUAAAAAAUAUAUGUAAUAUUAUUUUUUCAUUCUUGGGGGCUGCCAUAUCUGUUAGUUAGCUGCUGACUUGAUAUGGAUUAAAGUUGAUAAAAAUAAUAUCUGCAUGUAGUCUUUGAAACAGGUAACUUUUCUUAAUACCUCAACUCAAGAUCCUAAACUUUUAUUUUGGUGUUCACUAUUUCUGAAACUUAUAAUUUACUCAGAAUACAGAACAAACCAGAAGGAGUGUUCGAUAACAUUUCUACGCGGCAACUUGUGUCCAAAAUACUUCCCCUCCCGCGCCCCUCUACCCCCUUUAGUGUUACUAGCGCCGUGUGACACCCCCAUUUUUGGGGUAAAAUUAUGUAAUUUUUUAAAGAGAUGUUAAACAAGUAAAAAAUAAGUAAGUGAAAUAAGUACACACGGCCACAGUGUUAACUAUCCAUUGCCGUUUUUGCUCUCGCUCUCAUCAAAUGGUGAUUCUUUGCGAUAGAACGAGACGACAUGACUGGCCAUAGGCAUAGAUAGUACCUACCUACCUAUGAAUUUAAUUUUUACUCCGAAGUAACUAAGUGUAGAUGAUUAUUUAUUUCUAUUAAAUAGUGUAAUAUACUACAUGUAGGUAUAAUAUGUUAUUUAAAAGUCAAUUACAAAAGUCGAAUAUAAAUUUUAGAAUGCCAAGUAAAACAAAAAAGAAACUUAAGGUUCUUUAUUAUGUAAACAUAUCGACAACAAAACAUUUGUUUACGGCGCAGUAGUGCUUUUAGUUUAACUUUUCUUGGAGUCAAAAACAGAAUCCAAAUCAAAAACAUCACCAAUACUUGAAUUUGAUUGCGAGGCAACUCUGGCUGUGUAUGCUGAAAGAAAAUCAGAGUAAGUAUGUAAGCAAUAAUUAAUUACUUAAAAUUAUUAUUAAAUAUACAAAUAUUGCUGCUGCUGAUCUGUUGAUACCAAUGCCUUACUUUUGAAUAAAUGGGAAAGUAUGAAAUUCACGAUAGUAAUUUAUUAUCUCCUCAUUAUUUAGGGAGUAAUAUUAUAAAUUAAUUCAAAUAUUAAAAUCAAAUCAAAAUCAAAAAUAUUUAUUUAGUUUAGACCACAAGUGGCACUUAUAAUUUAAUUAAUCAGGUUGUCAUGUCAUGGAUGAAAUUACACUAAAAACUAAUUAAAACAAAAAGGAUGGGGAAAAUAUUCCAUUAUUCUGUGGUAACGCUAACAAAAUUAACGCGUGAAUUUUUUAUAGACAAAUUAAUGUAAUUCAAUAUAAAAAAGUAGGGUAAAAUAUUCCGUUGACCUGUGGCAACACUUACAAAAUACAACCGUGAUUUUUUGGAAAAUUAUUAUUUAAUUAAAAUGAAUUGGAAAUGUGCUACUUACGGAUAAAACAUGAUCCCAUGCACUUUCUUCGUAAUUCCAGUAGCAUUCUUACAUGUUGGAACGGCACAAGACGGCAUAAUUUAAUUAUAAAGUGUCAAUCUGACGGAUAUGUAAACAAUGCGCGCGCCGGCCAUUGACUAAUUGCUCUAAAGUCAAAUUAGUGCGAUUCGGAGUAAUUUAUAUGAAUACACAUUUACGCCCGUUGACGGUUUCUGGUUUGUUCCGUAUUCUGAGAUAAUUUAUAACUUUUUUUGGCAUUUUAGGGAGAGAAAAUAUUGAAAGCGCAAUUUUUUUAAAUACUUUUUUCGUAGUAAGUAAUUGGUUAUUAUUUGUUUGUUGUAAUUUUUUCUGGUUGUUUAUUAUAUUAAAUUUAAUUUUCCAUAAGAUUUUAUUCUUCAAAUUUUUUCAUUAUUCUAUUUUGCUAGCUUAGAUUAGCAGAAAUGGCAGUCCCAUUUGUGUAUGUUACAAUAGUUUGUUGAUUUUAAAAUAUUGGUUCCAAUUGAUGUGUCCUUUUAAAAUUCUUGGUGUUAUUACACUUCUUCUUAUUUUAUUGCAUUAACAUUUAAUUUUAUUUAGCUUGAUAAGUAUAUUGCAGUAGGUUUAAUUUAGGUAUUGAAAUAAAUUGUAUGUCCUUAAUAAUGAUAAUGAGUUAUUUGGCUUAGAGAAGCCUAAUUUUAUAAAAUCCACAUAUGUUUUCGUAUUGUGAAGUAAAUUUAAGCUACACAAUUCCAGCAUAGUUUAUACCUUAACACGUAUAUUCAUAUUUAAUGUUAGUUUUGAUUCUAAUGUGUGUGAUGUACCGAGAAUACACUGCUGUGGGGUCAAUCAAAAAUAGAGUAAACCCGAAAGUUUAUAAACGAUUCAUAUGUGAUGUAAAAUUCACAGUAUUGUCAGUAUCAACAGUAUAAACGCAAUUUUUGAACUGCAGAACAGAGUGUAAUUGAUUUAUUACAAUGUUUACUUAAACGACCUAGUUUUGUGUGACCAUUACUUUAGAAAUGAUUUAGGUAUUAUAUUUUAAGAGACGAUACAGCUUUCAUUUUCGUAAUGAUCACUGGGUUAGUUAUAUUCCUAUUUAUACUACGAGUAAUAUUAAAAAGUAUGCUGUAAAAUACGUGUUUCAACAUUUAAGAUUGCGGUAGUCAAAUAGUCCAACUUAUGUGGGCGUGUCUAAAGUGCGUGUCUCUCUCGACUUACGCACGCAAAAAGUAGUUAACACGUAACAUUAAUGCCGCUUUGGGUCGUAUGAAAUGGACUUUAACGUAUUUAUAUUAUUAAAGUAAUUUGAAUUUCAGCUUCUUUAAAUCUUUUUCGUGAUUUCGUGUUAUUUAUCUUAUGAUAAUCCUAUAUUUACGCCCAAAGUAUAUGUUAUAAUUUCCAUACAAGCCUAGAUUAGGUCGCAAAAAAUCGAUAUAGCAUCGAAACCCUUUCAAAUUUUGUAUGGAAUAAUGACUGACUAGCGCAACCUUAUAGCAUCGAUUGUAAUUGUAACGUUGAUUGCAAUUUUGUAUUAAGACUAUUAGAAUGUUGAAGAACACCGUUCGUGUAUUAUAAUGUUAUGGUACUAGUCAACGAGUAUUUAUAACGACAAUGUCAAGUAAGGUUUAAAAUGUUAAAAAUGUAAUUACACUUGAUUAACUUCAAUCAAAUAAAUAUCUGCAUAACUA